UACACUCCAUGUUAUGUUCAGUCAGGAUAAGUGCAUUUCUAACCUUUUUCAUAAACGUUGAAAACCACGCUGCAGAGGUUUUUAUAAUAACUGCACGCAGUUAAUGCGUGUUUAUUUAUCUGAAUAGCUAAUUUUUUUUUUUAAUUACAAUGGGGAAGAAGACGAAAAUUGGAAAGCAAAGGAAAGAUAAAUACUAUCAGUUAGCCAAAGAAACAGGUUAUAGAUCACGUGCUGCUUUCAAAUUAAUUCAACUCAAUCGCAAGUUUGAAUUUUUGCAAAAGUCUAGAGUAUGCAUCGAUUUAUGUGCAGCACCUGGUGGCUGGAUGCAAGUUGCCAGAAAAAAUAUGCCAGUGUCAUCUAUAGUUAUAGGUGUGGAUUUGUUUCCGAUAAAGCCUAUUCCAGGGUGUAUUAGUCUUGUAGAAGACAUUACAACGGAUAAGUGCAGAGUGGCUAUCUCACGUGAGAUAAAAACAUGGAAAGCUGAUAUUGUUUUAAACGAUGGUGCUCCUAAUGUUGGAAAAAAUUGGCUUCAUGAUGCGUAUCAGCAAGCUGUUUUAACAUUAUCAGCUGUUAAACUAGCUACUCAAUUCUUAAAAGCUGGUGGUUGGUUUGUAACAAAAGUAUUCAGAUCUAAAGAUUACAACCCAUUGAUGUGGGUGCUAAAACAAUUAUUUAAAAAGGUACAUGCGACUAAACCUCAAGCUUCGCGCAGUGAAUCUGCAGAAAUUUUUGUAGUUUGUCAAUAUUAUAUUGCUCCAGAUAAAUUAGAUCCCAAGUUCUUUGAUCCAAAGCAUGUAUUUUCUGAAUUAGAAAUAGAAACUACCAACCAAUUCAGUGUUCUUCAUCCCGAAAAACAGAAAAAAGCGAAAGCUGAAGGAUAUCCAGAGAACGAUUACACAUUGUAUCACAAAUUGUCUGCAAAAGAGUUUAUUAACUGUGAAGAUGCAAUUGAGGCUCUGCAGAAUGCCUCUGAAAUUGUAAUAGAUGAUGAAACUAUUGACAAGCACAAGAAGACGACUAAAGAAGUUAGAGAAUGUUGCAAGGAUAUUAAAGUACUUGGUAGAAAGGAUUUGAAACUGCUACUUAGUUGGUGGAAGGCAUUAAAAGAGACAAAAACUGAUGAUUCAAAAGAAGAUGAUUCAAAAGAAGAUAAUUCGAAAGAGGAAGAGCAUGCGGAAGAAGAUGGAACUGUGGCCAUUAAUCUCGAAGAACAGGAGGAUUUGGAAGAUGCAGCAAUCGAAAAACAGAUCGCUGAACUCCGAGAGACGGAAGCUAAAGAGUUGAAACGCAAGCAGAAAAAAGCUAACAAAGAGAGAAAAAAAUUGAACGAACGUCUCAAUUUGAAAAUGAUUCAUAAGAAUGAUGAGGGACCUAGAUUAGAAGCAGAUGAUAUGUUUAAAUUAAACCAGAUUCAAACCCACCAGCAAUUGGAACAAGUUACAGAUCAAACACCUGAUGUUGUAGCAGAGAGCGAUGUGGAUUCGGAUGAAGAGGUUCAACCGAAUAAGAUUGUUUAUGAGAAAGAUACAGGACACUUGGACAGCAAAGGCUUGUACUACAAAGCGGAAGACAGCGAGGAAAGUGAUUCUGAUGUUGCAUCGGAUGAUGACACUGAUAGCGAAAAAUCUGGACUAGGUCUAGAGGAUUCAGAGGAUGAAGAGACAAACAAACCGCGGAAGAAAGCUGUGCAAAAGAAAGAACAACAAUCUAAUGAUUUUAAUAGCAACCCAUUAUUAACUGACUUAGACUUCCGGGAUAAAAAAACGAAAAAAAUUCAGAACGCAAAACUUUGGUUUGAAAAAGAUGUAUUUAAAAAUUUGGAGAAUGAAGAUGAUGCAGAUUAUGAAUUGGAUAACAUGAUCGAGCAAUAUAAAAAGAAAGGUGGACGUGUUCUGGGAGAAGAGAAAAAAGUAGAAGAGAAAGUAGAUGAGAAACCAAAACAGAAACGUAAGAUCAGUGAAAGUGAUGAUACAAAUUCAAACUAUGAUAUGGAAGAAAUGAUGGCGCCUAAAAAAGUUAAAAAAAUUGGCGGAAAAGAUGGCUUUGAAGUAGUAUCACAAAAAAAAGAUAAAAAAUCAAAGAAAAAGAAAUUGACUUCCGAAGAUUUAGCACUUGGAUCGCUGUUGAUUCAAAGCCAGAAAUCUCGAAGAGAUUUAAUCGACUCGGCUUGGAAUAGAUAUGCGUUUAAUGAUGACAAAUUACCCGAUUGGUUUGUAAAAGACGAGGAGAAACAUAUGAAAAAAGAGGCACCUGUACCCAAAGAACUUGUGGAGGAAUAUCAAAAGAGAGUCGAAGACUUGAAUGUUAGACCGAUUAAGAAAGUAAUGGAAGCUAAGGCAAGGAAAAAACGACGCUCACUGCGUAAGCUUGAAAAGGCCAAGAAGAAGGUGGAAGCAUUGAUGGAUAACGCGGAUAUCAGCGACAGAGAAAAGGCCAAGCAAGUUAAAGCAUUGUACAAGAAAGCUCAUCAAGAACCAAGAAAGGAAGUUAAGUAUAUUGUAGCGAAGAAACACAGCGCGCAGAAGCGGGCCGUCCGGCCUCCUGGUGUGAAAGGUCGAUAUAAGAUAGUCGAUCCGAGAAUGAAGAAGGAUUUACGCGCGGCGAAAGCGAAGGAAAAAACUAAAGGACGUGGAAAGAAAAAUCGAAGCGGUAACAAAUCGAGGGCGAAGCCUAAAAAUAUGAAAACUACGAAAAGGAAAAAGUAAAUUAUUUUUGUGACAAAUAAUUUUUAACUCAGAUGUUCAUGUUGUAUGUAAAUAAAUAAUAAUUU